UAGGCUCUUAUCAGCGACAUGUAGCGCACAUUGCAAAUCAGGCAGAAGCCCCAAGUCGUCACUGGAGUCAAGAUCCGUUUUCUUCUGGCUUCAGCCCCGUCUGUUCGUUGCAAUUAAAACAAACAUGAGGAACCACGGAAGUUGCAUCCUAUUGCUCCUGGCGUUGGUUUCGGCUACAAGCGCCCUCGUGUACCAGUGUGAACCGGGAACGGGUCCAACUUUGUGCAGGAUCACCAACUUUGUGUACACCGAAGGGCUACAACCACUGCCCACAGUGAACCUUUCGUAUAGUGUCAACAGCAUUCAAGUUUACUACCAGCGGAACUACUCCAAACGAAAGGCGGAGUUUAGCGUUUACGAUGCGACACUUCACGCGACCGUGUUCCGUAGGCCGACCUCGGUGAUGAUUUUCAACUGCUACCUGCAGAGUUUGGUGGUCCCAGCGAACCUUCAAGUGGGCGAUUUCUUCAGCAACAACAUCAACACGAUAGAGACCGAUCGCAAAACGGCCUACGAUCUACGCUAUCUGGAUGUGUCGCACAACAGUCUGUCGGAGCUGAAGAACCUUAGCGUGCUGGUGCAGCUUCAGACCCUGAAUCUGGAGGACAACCACGUAGCGACGCUCGUUCCGGAAACGUUUGCCGGUAUGCGCAACCUCUCGGUGCUGUACGUUGGAUCCAAUUCGAUUGUCCAGAUCGACCUGAAGAUGCUGCCGAAAAGUUUGACGUUCUUGAGCAUCUUCCGGAACGAGCUGACGGAGCUGGAGUUUGCCGGGGUUUCGAUGCGCACCCUGCGGGAACUGGACAUCGAAAGCAACAAUCUGGUAUCGCUCGAUGUGAAGGCGAUGCUGGCGGCCGCACCGUCGCUCGAGCAGGUCACGAUCGAAUUCAACCUAUUCUCGAAGCCGGAAGCCGAACGAAUUAUUGACGAACUGCGGGGGCACAACGUUACGUACUACACACCGUCGACUGAUCGAGAACCGAACUCCGUGAACUACUGUGACGCUGGUGAAUAUGAGGUCGAGCGCGUGUGUUUCGACGAGUCAUUGCUUGCAUCCCGCUCCUUUGGGAAAGCGAUCGUCCUGCUCGUGAUCGCGGUGGUAGUGAUCGGUGUGUUUGUACUUAGUGUUCGUUGGGUUUGGCAUCAAAUGCGGUACUAAUGCGCUCGAGCAGGAAGUAUGAAGUCUAGUGUUUAGUAGAAUACGAUGCGAUACAUAAAUUCGAUUGUGAUAAAUUAAUAGUGUUGAAAUAAAUUCUCUACGGUAGUUCGAUAGUCUCUG